AUGUGUUCGGUUGAGUUGUUGAAGGACUACGACUGUGUAACUGAGUACCAUCAGGGUAAGGUUAAGGUGGUUGUAGACGCCUUAAUUUGUAAGUCAAUGGGUGAGUUACGUGCCUUGUUUGCUCGUUUGAGUUUGGAUAAGGAUGGAGCGUUAGUAGCUGAGUUGCGAGUUAAGUCUACGUGGUCUCAAUGUAGGUUGUGUUUGUCGAGGGAUGAGGGUCUGAGGCGUGAUAUUCUUUUGGAGGCACAUAGUGGACCGUUUGCGAAGCAUCCGGGUAGUACGAAGAUUUUUCGUGACUUACGUGCAUUAUUUUUGUUGCUUGGGUUGAAGCACGUUUUGGAGGAUAUGCUUCAGGCAUGCGUGAUUGAUUUGUUUGGUUCUUGGGAGAGUUAUUUGUCAUUGGUAGAGUUUGUUUAUAAUAACAGUUUUCAUGCUAGUAUUCAGAUGGCUCUGUUUGAGGUGUUAUACGGGCGUAAGUGUCAUACUCCUUUGUGUUGGACUGAGUUGAGUGAGAAACAUGUUGUUGGUCCAGAAUUGAUUCAAGAGACUGAUGAUAAAGUUAAGUUGAUUAAGGAUCAGUUGAAGGUUGCUUUUGAUAGGAAAAAGUCGUAUACCGAUUUGAAGCAUCGAGAGGUUGAGUACGCUGUGGGUGACUUGGUGUUUCUUAAGGAUGUUUUGAGGUUGUUAGAGAGUGUUAGGUCAGUUGUGUAUUAUUUGAGGUUCUCGUCUGAGCUCGAGUGUAUUCACAACAUGUUUCAUGUAUCAAUGUUGCGUAAAUAUAGGUUGGAUCAUUCGCAUGUACUUUCAGUUGAUGAGGUUGAGGUACUUGAGGAUCUUUCUUACGAGGAAGAACAUGUUAAGAUUUUGGCUAGGGACUUGAAAGUUCUUUGGAACAAGGUCGUUCCGUUGAUAAAAGUUUUUUGGCGUAACCACAACACUGAGGAGGCAACUUGGGAGAUGGAAGAGUCGAUGAGAUCUUAG